AUGGUGCUGUACUCCUUCUACAUCUUCGAUCGCCACACCGAGUGCAUCUACAGCCGCCGCUGGACACCCACCCGCCCCGCCUCCUCGUCUUCCAAAGCACCGCGCCCGACCUCCAACGCCUCCACCCUUUCCGACCCCAAUGGCGAUACCACCGCCGCCCAGAAGGCCAAGUACGCCGACGACGAGAAGCUCAUCUUCGGCCUCGUCUUCUCGCUGCGCAACAUGGUCCAGAAGCUGGGCGGACAAGACGACACCUUCUUGAGCUACAGGACCGGCGAAUACAAGCUGCACUACUACGAAACGCCUACCCGCAUGAAGUUUGUCAUGCUCACAGAUACCAAAUUAAACAACUUGAGGCCGUAUUUGCAUCAGAUAUGGGCCAACCUAUACGUUGAAUACGUCGUCAAGAAUCCACUGGCCCCUGUAGAGCACCCGGGAGGCAUUGGCGUUGCGAACGAGCUGUUUGAGAGGGCCCUCGAGCUGUUCGUCACUUCCGUUCUACCCGCGUGA